UGCACAUGUUUGGGCGUGAUGUAAACAAUGGAGGCGCUGUCAUAGAUUUGUAAAUGUCGUCACGAUGAAUUUAUUUCGUUCUUGACACUUUUUCUGAUUGUCUUAAAAUUAUCUUCCUUCCAUAAAAAAAAUUAUCUAACAGCAAAUGCAGCCUUUCCUUCAAAAUGGAAGUAAAAAUUCAAUUUAGUGGUGGUUUAGAGCUGCUAUUUAACAAUCAGAAGACAGUUGAUCUUGUGCUACCAGCUAAAGAAGAAAAAUGGACGAUAAAAGCACUUAUUGCUUAUUUGAAGUCGAAUCUAUUGCAGGAAAGACCAGAGCUUUUUGUUCAAGGAGAUUCAGUGAGGCCUGGAAUUUUAGUUCUUGUGAAUGAUUCCGACUGGGAACUUCUGGGGGAGUUAGAGUAUGAAAUUCAACCUUCUGACAACAUUCUCUUCAUAUCUACACUUCAUGGUGGAUAGAAGAUUAAACUAUGAGAUUGAAGCAAUUCUACACAUGAUUUGUGCCAUUAUGAAGAUCUAAUAAUGUGUUGCACAUGCUAAAUUUGUGUAAAUAAAUACUUUUUUUGC